GACAGCCAAGUAGAAAUGCCAGCAAAAUCAGCCCUGAGGAAUAUCAGAGCUUGUCUAGAUGCCGGAGACUUUGCGCAAGCUGCCAUAAAAGCCACAGAGCUCUGCGAGCAAGAUCCUCAAAAUUAUCAUGCGCACGUAUUUCUAGGGCUUGCCCUUGAUAAACUAAAUGACGCGGAUGCAUCCGAGCGUGCGUAUAUAAACGCUACCAAGCUCAAGGCGGAUGAUAAAACUGCCUGGCAAGGCUUGAUAAAUUUGUACGAAAGGCUCGGAGGCAAGAAGCUGGAUGAUUAUGCAUCCGCUGUGAUUCGACUAUGUCAUAUUUUUGGAGAAGCAGACGAAAAGAGCCGCGCCCAGGCGUUGGUGGAAAAGUAUAUCUCUUCCGCUGGGAAGAGUGGCACUACCAGUCAAUACAAGCAAGCACUGAAGCUGCUACUGCCUUUAAGCCCAUUGUUCAAUGUUUUGGAAGGCCUGAUUCCUCAUCCUUCCCACACAUAUCUUCGAGUUAUCGAGCUUUCUGAAGCGGAAGAAAAGCAAUUUAUCAACCGGGAGAUUGGCGAAAGAAGGACUAGAUUGGGUGCCAAAAUUGAUCAGGUCACAGCAGAAGUUAAACUCGAGGCUUUUCGACGUAGCGACCUUGAUGAAUUGUACCGUGGCCUCAUUGACUGGACCCACGAUGACGCAGUACGGCGAGAGCAUGAAGAGAAGCUCCUACAGCGAGGAUAUGACUAUCUAUUGGCCCUCCCAAUCGGAAAGAAACCCGAACAGCGGAACCAUGUGAUAAAAUCCGCCAACGAUAUGGUUAUCAUUCAUCACCCGUUUGACCGUGCAUGGAAAAUUGCCUUGGAAUGGAAAGACGUCAAUGAGCUCUCUGAGCUAGAUGUUACUCUCUUAAGGGAAUAUAUUCAGUUAUUCCCAGACGACGGGCUUAGUAAAGUACUGAAAGGGUGGUUGGCCAGCGAUCUAUCCCCGUUUCCUAAGGAAACGGAUCCAGAAACCCAAGUCGAUCAGGAUGUGUCAAAGGCAGGAAAUCCCGCUGAUGAUGAAAACCAGGUUCCAGGGGAUGAUCCGUUGUUGUUAAUGGCUGAAGGGCUGGUGGAAUCUUCCGGUUCCGUAUUAUCCCAUCGAAUAAUGGGAGAAGUAUAUCUUGCACUUGAGGAGUUCCAGUCCACCACAGAGGUUAGUCGGAAGGGCUUAGCAUUGGCGCUGGACCUUCAGCGACGUACAGGCCUAAAGCUUCGCAAUACAAUCGAUUCUAUGAAUACGGCACUUGCAACUGCACUUAUCACAUAUCAGUCCCCGAAAAAUCACCCUGAGGCCAAGCAAAUUUUCGAAGAAAUCUUGAAGCGAAAUCAAACUUCGACAAAGUGUCUCCUGGGACUAGGCCUCAUUUUCGAGGAAGAUCAGGGCUAUGAUCAAGCCGUAGCUCUGCUCGAGAAAGCAUUGCAGCGCGAUCCCAAAAACGCUAGAGUUCGGUGCGAGCUUUUCUGGUGCAGAGCGCAUUGUGGGGAGCUUCAACAGGCGACGAGAGGUCUAGAGGAAACCCUUACAAUGAUUCAGUGCGAGCAAUCACAGUAUCGUGAUCUGAAGGCUGUGAUAUUAUAUCGAAUUGGACAAUGCCAGUGGGAGCUAGACCCAUCCCCGACAGCAAGGAAAGAUCGAAAUGGAGCAUAUGCCAAAUUCCUUGGGUCAAUCCAAUCGAAUAUGAACUAUGCACCGGCGUAUACCAGUCUCGGUAUAUUCUACGCAGAUUAUAAGAAAGAUCAGAAAAGGGCAAAACGCUGCUUUCAUAAGGCAAUUGAACUCUCAUCGUCGGAGACCGAAGCUGCAGAACGUCUCGCCCGGGAUUUUGCUAACCAAGGUGACUGGGAUCUCGUCGAGGCAAUAGCCCAGAGAGUUGUUGAUUCUGGAAAGGCUAAGCCCGCGCCAGGGUCAAGGAGGAAAGGUCACAGCUGGCCAUACGCCGCCCUGGGGGUGGUGGAGAUAAAUAGACAGCAAUAUACCAAAAGCAUUGUUUCGUUUCAAACCGCUCUCCGUAUAUCGCCCAACGACUAUCACUGCUGGGUUGGCCUUGGGGAGAGUUACCAUAAUUCUGGCCGAUAUAUCUCUGCUAUCAAAUCCUUCCAACACGCCCAGGCACUCGAAGAGACGCUAUCCGAAGCUGAUAGAGAUCACAUUUGGUUUGCAAGGUACAUGAUGGCGAACGUGAUGCGAGAACUUGGAGAUUUCCCGGAGGCUAUUUCUAGGUACAAAGAAGUGCUGAACAUGAAGCCUGAUGAGUUUGGAAUUUCAAUCGCGCUACUACAAACGCUCACAGAAAGCUCUUGGAAAUCCGUUGAAUCCGGUGUUUUUAGCGACGCUGCAGAAAUGGCUGCGACAACUAUCAGGAUGGGAAUUUCAAUUGCCAAACGACACCCUAAUUCCGUCAAUUUGUGGAAAGCAAUCGGUGAUGCGUUCUCCGCGUUCUCUUGGAUUGAGAAUAAAACUGCAUUAAUGCCUGUCUCAGAGUUUAAGGCGCUCUUGGAUACACGGUGUGAUUCGGAGGGCUUUCAGAUACUGGCGGAUCUCGAUAACAUAGGCUCGAACGUCAACGAUCUCCUUGAAACGCCGAACUCGAAUCUGCCGACGAUUGCAGCUAUCCUUGCGUAUAAGCGUGCAUUAUCGGUCUCUAAUGCUGAUGUUCAUGCUCGCGCGGUCGCAUGGUACAACCUAGGUUGGGCAGAGUACCGUGCACACGUACGUCGCCUGGCCGAGCCGAGCAAGGCUAAAAAGGGUAAACACAGUGGGUUUCUCAAAGCCUCCAUGCGCUGUUUCAAGAGAGCAAUUGAACUCGAGGCCGGAAAUUCUGAGUUCUGGAACGCACUUGGUAUUGCAUGCGCAUCCUUGAGUCCAAAGGUUGCCCAGCAUUCGUUCGUCAGGAGCCUGCACAUCAACGAAAGGAGUGCAUCAGUCUGGACGAACUUAGGUGCAUUAUAUCUUUUGAAUAACGAUUUUCAACUGGCAAAUGAAGCAUUUACCAAAGCUCAGUCUGCAGAUCCCGACCUUUCGCAUGCUUGGUUAGGACAAGCCAUUCUUGCAUUCUUAAUUGGGGACGUCGCUGAGGCUCGUGAACUCGUCACGCAUGCAUUCACUCUGGGGAAUUCCAGCUUCGUUUUCCCAAAACGGCAAUAUACGACCUCUGUCUUUGACCACCUUUGCUCUAGCUCGGCAUCCAGUGAUCUAUCCCAUCUCAUCCAACCUCUUUUUGCGCUUCAUCAACUCCACACCCAAGAGCCAUCAAAUCUACCUCAUGAUCACCUGUCCGCCCUUCUAGCAGAGCGCCUCGGAGACACUGCCGGUGCAAAAUCGAGCCUCGAACGCGUUUGCUCCACCGUUGAAACUGAAUAUGAAGCCACAGAAUCUAUUUCUGCUUUAUCUCGAUAUUCCCAGGCGAAAGCAGAUAUGGCCCGUGCGCAGUUGGCCCAUCUAGAGUAUGAAACUGCUGUGGAGAGUGCAGAGACUGCCCUUAGUUUAUCGAACGAAGACGGUGUAGCGGAGUUUGACACUGAGACACACAAAAAAUUGCGGCUAUCUGCACACUUAACGGCAGGGCUUGCGUAUUAUUAUUUAAAGGAAAUGGAUAGAGCUAUCGAUAUGUUCCGGGACGCUUUGCAGGAAGCUAACAGUUCUCCCGAUGUUAUAUGUCUCCUCGCGCAAGUUUUGUGGGCCAAAGGAGGUGAAGAAGAAAGGAGCGUUGCUCGCGAGCAAUUAUUUAAUUGCGUUGAGCAACAUCCUGACCAUGUUGGAGCCGUUACCCUUCUUGGUGUGAUUGCGUUACUCGACAUGGAUGAGGACGCUAUCGAUGCGGUUGAGUCUGAUCUUCAGAGCAUGAGGACCAAUAAUGAACUGAGCAUUCAUGAUCGCACGAAAGUAUCCAAACUUUUGGCUGGUGUCUCGAGUAUCACCUCCAAAAAUGAACCUAAUGUUUCGGAGGAGCAAAGCCGAAUUCAUCAAGCGAGCAUUUCUGUCAUGCUAUCACCGAGUGAGCCGCAAGGCUGGAAAGCACUCGCUUUGGCGUCUUCAGAGGAGUUUCCGGCUCAAAUGACUGUUCUCACCGCUCUUGGAAACAUUCCACCGCACGGCUCACUCGGUGCAGUCGAUGUCUCGAGAGCAUGUGCUCUUACAGGACAGAGGCAAGAUGCCCUAAAAGCUGUCAUGGUGGCGCCAUGGAUUUCCGAUGGCUGGGAGGAACUGAGUCAUUGUCUGAUUGAAGCAUAG